AAUAUAGGUUGCACGUUCUGCUUCAAGUCGAUUCGCCCACGACCUUACCUGUUCUUGCCAUCUUAGCCACAGUCACUCACAAUGUCCAUGAUGAACCCGUUCCAAAAAAUAUUCAUCACUUUUGCACUCGCAGGUCUUAUCAUUGGCCUUCUCUCGGGCCAGGCUGCUGCUAGAGAAGUCCAAUGUGAUUACCACUUUGCUCCUCUGGAUGGUGUUAAUACUGGCAAGGGCUCCUGCAUUUCUUCGGCGAAUACUGCUCAAGACAACUACUGCUCUCUUGACUACUGCGGUGUUCGUGCCACCCCCACCACCUACACCCACUGUGAGCUUCAGCCCUCAUCGUCGAAGGGGAAUAAUGUUCAAUACAUCCAAUGCGAAGGCAUACCCAAAGUUUUUGUGCAGCAAUACUUCCGUUACACCACAUACGUCUCCGCGCAGGACAAGUUCAAUGGGAAAUUCUACAAAUGCUACUAUCAGCCCCCUCAAAACACAUAUUACAUCAGCUGUACUAAAUGCCCGUAGGAAUAAGUCGUCGUUAGUUGCCUACUCAAGGGGUUGACGGUCCAACGAAUUCUCGAUGCU